AUGGCCGGAGCGGAGGAGGACCGGACGGGGGCCGACGCGACCUCCGCCCUGGGCGCGCUGCUGGGCUACCGCGCCUACGCGCGCCGCUGGGUCUUCUUGCUUGUGCUCAGCCUGCUCAACUUCUCCAACGCCACGCUGUGGCUCAGCUUCGCGCCCGUGGCCGACACGAUUGCCCACCACUUCUUCCUCUCCACCAAGCAGAUCAACUGGCUUUCGCUAAUCUACCUUGUGGCUUCCAUCCCGUCUGGUGUGGUGGCCAUCUGGGUUCUGGACUCUGUUGGGCUCCGCUGGGCAACCAUCGUGUGCGCAUGGCUGAACUUUGCUGGGAGUGUGUUCAGAACCCUGCCCUUCCUGUUCAUCGAGAUCCAGGACCCAUUUCCCUUCCUCAUGGGUGGGCAGAGCCUCUGUGCCCUGGCACAGACCCUGGUCAUCUUCUCUCCAGCCAAGCUGGCUGCCUUGUGGUUCCCAGAGCACCAGCGAGCCACAGCCAACAUGAUCGGCACCAUGUCAAACCCCUUGGGCAUCCUGGUGGCCAACCUGCUAUCACCUGCCCUGGUGAAGAAGGAGGAGGGUAUCCCCAUGAUGCUGGGCAUCUAUAUCAUCCCUGCCGGCCUCGCCUGUCUCCUGGCCAUCACCUGCCUCUGGGAGAGUGUACCUCCUAGCCCACCCUCUGCAGGGGCCGUCCACUCCACCUCAGAGAAGUUCCUGGUUGGGCUGAAGCUGCUCUUGCGGAACAGAGCCUAUAUCAUCCUCGCCGUGUGUUUCGGGGGCGGCAUCGGCCUCUUCUCCAGCUUCUCGGUCCUCCUGGAGCAGGUCCUUUGUGUGAAGGGCUACUCCAACGAAUUUGCAGGCCUUUGUGGGGCUCUCUUCAUUGGGUUUGGAGUCCUGGGGGCACUGGUUCUCAGCCUGUAUGUGGACCGGACGAAACACUUCACUGAAGCUGUCAAGAUUGGCUUCUGUCUGACCUCCAUGGUCUAUGUGGCCUUUGCCCUGGUAUCUCAGCUGCGGGGACAGACCUUCGCACUGGCCGCCCUCUGCUCACUGCUGGGGUUCUUUGGCUUCUCGGUGGCGCCCAUUGCCAUGGAGCUUGCCGUUGAGUGCUCCUUCCCUGUGGGGGAGGGUGCAGCGGCAGGCCUGGUCAUCGUGCUGGGGCAGGCCGAGGGUGUGCUCGUAAUGGUCCUGCUGACUGGCCUGACCACACGUCGUGCAGAGCCGUCCAUCUCCACCUGCCAGGAUGGCCAGGGCCCACUGGACUGGAUGGUGUCCAUGCUGGUGAUGGCUGGCCUGUGCACCUUCUUCAGCUGCUUCCUGGUGUUCUUCUUCCAUACCCAGUACCGGCGCCGACAGGCUGAGGCCAAUGAGAGCCACUCCAUCCAGGAGGACACGUCCCCAGAGGCUGCAGAUCAUGUGCCCUGCCUGGCAGCCACCCCCUGA